CCUCUUGUCUGCUGAGCGAAAGCAGCAAACAGGACGGCGUCAGCGCGAGGUGACGGGUGCCUCCUGUCGUACUCUUUUCACUUAAGGGGGAAAAAACAUGUGGAGCAUGGAAAAAGAGCUGAGACAAAGGAGGAUGGAGGUGUUCACAUGAAACAGCUGUGCCUCCCUCCCUUCUCCCCAUCUGCCCAUCAUCCAUUCUUCAACUUGACAUCAUCCUUCCACCACUCAGACAAGAAGAAGAAGAGGAGUAGGAGGAGGCAAGAAGAGGUGGUCGCACAUGCAGUUUUAACGCUUCCAAGGGUGAGCAAAGACAGGGGCGGGAAAGUGGCGGCAACUUCCACCAGCAGUGAGAUGAAUGCUGGGGUGGAGAGAGGGAGAACUGGACCACUUGGAUGGACUGUGGAUCCCAUGCACAGCUGAAGGAUGAGAGGGGUCCACCGUCACCGUAGUUGGAGAAAGUGUCCACCUCCAGCAUGUCCAUGUUAUUCCUGAUACUUUGCAAGACUGGUCUGAGACACAAACUCCGAAUGCUUCCAGGGAAAAUGGUCAACACUGUCUACAGUGAUGAGGAAAAGGGAAUCCAAGACAAGGAAAGCAAGGAGGAGACCAUCUUGGCCAUGUUGGGCAUCAUCGGGACCAUUCUCAACUUGCUGGUCAUCAUCUUUGUCUACAUCUACACAACAUUGUAGAGCGGUUCUGGUUCUGGUCUAGUUUUUGCAGCACUUAACUGCUGGGCUGCAGCUAUGCUGACCAAUAAGGAGAAGUGCACGGGUGCAUGGAGGCUGACAAAAGCCUUGACCAGGAUCGAAUGGGAUACACGGCCAUACAAACCAGUUGGAUGUGACUUGUACAUAAUGCAUGAAAACUGUGGGCCAAUCCGGCUUUAAAGAACAGCUUUUGUCCACGCAAGGAUCACCAAGGACUGCAAACAAAACCCUUUUUUUUCCUAAUAAAUAUUACUACUUAUUUAGUGAAAUAAAUGCAUUUCCUUCUGCAUAAUUAAAAAUGGAAAAUGUGCUCAGACGUUAACUACAGGUGAUUUUUUUUCUAAAAGAUUUUCUCAAUAAAACAAAACCAAAAAAAAGACAAUGGAUAAGAGAGCUGUGAUAGUAUUACGAUACAGCUGGUAUUUUUGUUUAGUUUUAGUUUCUGUGCUUUAUUCUUGGGGAAAAGUGUGUGCGUCAGUGUGAAACUGUCGGUUUAAAGUGCUGAAAUUAUUCAGAAUGUCAUCCAUUGUUAAUCAUGUCACAUUUCAUGGAAUUUUAUGGACGUUUGAAAACAUUUUAAGCGGAUGGGAGAAUCUGAUAUAGCAUUUUUGUCGCUCAGAUUCCCAUAGCUAACAUCAUCUUAUUUGAGACUGAAUACACAGCGCCUCUGCUGGUUCGCCAAGUAGUGCACUCAUUCGUGCCUCAGUUGCUUCAAGACACGGUUAUUGAACAUCGAGUACACACAAUCAACACACAGUCAUCCCUCGUCACUUUGCGCUUCGAAUUCCGCGGCUCCCUCUACCACGGUUUGUCGAAAAUAUAUUAAUGAAUAAAUCAGUGAUGUUUUGUGGUUGAAUACGACCUAUUGUUAGUAAAAAAAAUAUGCAUAUUUAAUGGUUUAAUUCCAAUAUGCAUACGGCUACAUUAGAAUACAUCACAGUUCACAAUUACAUGGACAUUUUAUUUAUUUUUUUGCCUACAUUUAGCAUUUUCAAGAAGAAAAAAUUAUUAAUUAACUAAAAUAUAAAUAUAAGUCAUUCAGAAUAUGCAUUCAAAGAUGUUGUGAUAUGUAGUAUUAUAUACUAGCCACUAGGUGUUGAUAAUGUAACAUUGAUGAGACAAUAGCCACCGCAGGAAGUACUUUACCGAAACCGUAAGUUUCCAAAAAAGAAACGGCAAGGAAGCAAUGCUAAGAUGUGUGAGUCUAUAUUAUAUCCUAUUGAACUCCUGGUCUUACUUUCACUUAUUAUGUCUACUAUAUUGGGUAAUACGAGUAAAGGUGACUGUAGGGGUGUUAUUUCACAUCUAUAAGGUUCUAAUAAUGUAAAAAACACAUUUUCUAUGCUCAAACUAUGCAAAUAUUUGAUUUAUAAAUAAGGAAUCCUACAUAAAUUUACUGAUGUUGGUCGAGCCUGGAACGAAUUAACCACAAUAAACUUUAAUUCUGUAAUAUAGUGUAAUUCUUAGCUAUUCGACAGGUAUUUUAGUGUCCAUCCUUUACAGUAACUAAAAUGACUUGGUGGUAAAUUAUCAUACGUUUUAUCAUAAGUUUAAAAUCCUUUAUAUUAAAAAAAAACAAGACAAUUUACCCAGAUAUAAAACAACCCCUCUUUAUCAAGGCUUGUUUUUGGUGUACUUUUUAAAAAGACAGAAUCAAAGACAGAAUAGACCUUUCGUGUGUGAAUGACAGGAAGAAAAGCUCUGACUUGCUUGGGCAGAAGUUAUUUGGCGUCACCUACUCGUAGUUCCACCACCUGCGGGGGCAAGCAUAAGGGUCUGGCGUUAUGUGUUCUGGGUGGCGGUCAAGGGUGGGCGUCUGGCCAAACUGGGCUUUGGUGGCCAAAUCUGGUUCUUGGGACAUGCAAAUGUCACUUUUCUGGUGGGGAAGGAGCCCGAACUUGAGAGGUUGAGACAUUCCGACUAGACAUAGUCGGACUCACGUCGACCCACAGUUUUUGUUCUGCAACAAACUCCCCGAGGGGGGCUGGACCUUGUUCUAUUCUGGAGUUGCUGCAGGAGAGAGGCGGCGAGCUGGUGCGGGCUUAUUAAUAGUCCCCCGGCUCGGUGCUUCCGAGUUGAAGUCAUUCCCAUUGAACGAGAGCAUCAUUUCUCUACGCUUUUGGGUUGAGACAGAGUCCUGACUGUCGUUUGUGUGUACGCGUCAAACGGCAGUUCAGAGUACCCAGCCUUCUUGGAGUCUAUCAGAGGGGCGGUUGUCGAGGCAAAAAUUCGGCAGUGGGAGCACGACUUUCGGUCGGCCUUGAAGAGGUUCUGGCAAACCAUCGAACGCCUCAGAAAGGGAAGCAGUGCCCGGUCCACAUUGUUUACAGUGGGGACAGAAGCCUGCUGACCUCAACUGAGGAUAUAGUCGGACGGUGGAAGGAAUACUUUGAGUCCCUUCUCAAUCCCACUGACAUACAGUACCUUUCAUAGAGAAAGCAUAGUCUGAGGACACCAUAAUGGAGGUAUCUUGGGUAGUCAAAACACUCCCCAAUGGAAAAGGUCCAGGGGUGGACGAGUUUGCCCUGAGUUCCUCAAGGCUCUGGAUGAUGGGCGACUGUCUUGGCUGACACGUCUCUUCAACAUUGCAUGGAAGUCGGAAACAGUAUCUCAAGAUUGGCAGACCGCGGUGGUGGUCCCCCUUUUCAAGAAGGGUGACCAGUGGGUGUGUUCCAACUGUAGGGGGCUCACGCUCCUCAGCCUCCCUCGGAAAGUCUAUUCGAGGGUGCUGGAGAGAAGGGUACGGCCGAACCUUAGCUACAGGAGUUGCAAUGUGGUUUUCAUCCCGGUUGUGGAACAUUGGACCAGCUCCACACCCUUGCAAGGUUACUGGAGGGUACAUGGGAGUUUGCUCAACCGGUCUACACGUGCUUUGUGGACUUGGAAAAGGCACUCCUGUGGAGGGUGCUCCGGGAGUACGGAAUUGGUGGCACGCCAUUCGGUCCUUGUACAACCGGAGCAGGAGCCUGGUCCGCAUUGCCAGCAGUAAGUCGAGCAUGUUUCUGUUGAACGUUGGCCUCCGCCAAGGCUGCCCUUUUGUCACCAAUUCUGUUCAUAGUUUUCAUGGACAGAAUUUCUAGGCGCAGCUAAGGUGUUGAGGGAGUCCAGUUUGGGGGCCUUAGGAUUUUGUCUCUGCUAUUCACAGAUGAUGUAGUCCUGAUGGCCUCAUCGAGCUGUGACCUUCAGCGUUUACUGGGACGGUCCACAGCUGAGUGUGAAGCUUCUGGGAUGAGACUCAGCAACCCCAAAUCCGAGGCCAUGGUUCUCAGGGUAGAUUGCACCCUCCGGGUUGGGAGUUCAAGUAUCUUGGGGUCUUGUUCACGAAUGAGGGAAGGUUGAAUCGUGAGGUCGACAAACGGAUCUGCGUAGCGUCUGAGUAAUGCAAUCGCUGUACCGGACCGUUGUGGUAAAGUAAGAGCUGAGCGGGAAGGCAAGGCUCUCAAUUUACUGGAUGAUCUAUGUUCCCACCCUCACCUAUGGUCAUGAGGUUUGAGUCGUGACCGGAAGAACAAGAUAGUGGAUACAAGCUGCAGAAAUUAGUUUCCUCCGUAGGGUGGCUGGACUUACCCUAAUAGGGUGAGGAGCUCGGCCAUUCGGGAGAAGGCCCCGGGUCAGACCUAGGACACACUGGAGGGAUUAUGUGUCACAGCUGGCCUGGGAACGCCUUAGUGUCCUCCCAGUAGAACUGGAAGACGUGGCUGGAGACAGGGAAGUCUGGACUUUCCUACUGAGACUGCUGCCCCCGCGACCCAGACCUGGAUAAGUGGAAGAAAAUGGAUGAAUGGAUGGACCUAAUGGUUAGCUACUAAAUCUCUAUAAAUAAUAUAAGGCAAGUCGUCUUUUUGUAGGGAAAAAAAAUGUUUUUAUGCUAAGAUCAGUAGGGCAUAUGCUUUUAGGUUAAUUUAAGCCUCAUGUCAUUAAUUUACAAAUUCUAUAAUAUUGAUUUGCAUUGGAGUUCAACAUUUUUUUAAAGUGUGGACAGAUCUGUGAUGCAAAUGUAGGGUUAUUGUGCAUAUUGACAGUAUGCCUUAAAUAUGUGGGAAAUGUUUCAAUUAUCAGGUUUUUAUUAUCUAGCGUAACACUUGACUUGUGUAUAUAUACUGUUCAUGUACAGUUCAGUACCAACGUUUCACUUUUAUUAAUGGUGACUUAAUGGUCAAUUUUAUAAAUGUAUACACCAUGCUAUUUCUUAAACUGUUCUUUGUAUGUAUGAAGUCGGAGAGUUAUUUACCAAACCUGACCUGUAGUAAAUCAAUGCAGCCCUGAAUAACCUUUAACUUACAUGUGAGUAAAAAAAAAACACCAGAGCUUCACCAUAGUGCUGAUAUCCCAUUUUAAAUGGGAGUUAUUUUUUGUUUGAUGGUUGGUGAAAAGAUACUCAACAAUUAAAUGCAUGGAGGUAUUAUUUUUGGUGAUUUACUGUAGUUUACCAAACUGUUUCUGUUUUGAGUUAAACACCCGAUGCCGUUUUUGUGUACAGUCUAAUGCAGGGGUGUCCAAAGUGCAGCCAAAGGAGGCAAUUUGCGGCCCAUAGCUAAUUUCUUAUUAGCCGAUGGCUGAGUCCAUAUAUUUAAUUGAAUAAUUAAGGAUUAAGGCCAAUGAACAAAUGGUUACAAGGAAAGACUACAUCAUGUCACUCUCCAACCUCAUGACUUCAGAAAGUGCCUGAGACCUGUGUGUCUCCAUGAUCACAGAAACAACACAACGGUGACUUUAACUCGCCUGGUCAGAACUUAACAGACCGCUUGCAAGAUACCUGCAAGUAAAAGCUGCAUUCUGGAUCCACUCUGCAAUCACCACGGGACUGGACUCCUACAAGGUGGAUCAAUAAAGUCUACUUUCAGCUGAAGUAAUGAGAGAGAACGCCUUCUAAGCACACGGACGAAUAUUGUGAAUGUAUUCAUGAUUAUUGUAAACACAGAUUCUCCCUGAUACCCAACAACUAUACUGGUGUUUAAUUCAUGUGGAUGAUAUUAACUAUUUACACUCCUUGACUCAUGAGAAGCAAAUGGAAAGGUUUUCUUUUUUUCCCAGACAGCAUUUUUUGUAAUAGAAAACAUUGAAUGAAUAAAGUGAUCUUGGUGUAGAA